AUGGAGGAGAAUCAGGAGAUUAGUUCACAAACAGAACCAGGAGCUGCAGUAACACAAGCAGAACUAUCAGGAACUGAAAGAGAAGUUGUAGCUGCAGGGACACUCUCUCCACGUCCUGGUAAGAAAAAAUCUAUUGUAUGGGAUCAUUUUGAGACAAUGAUGGUAAAGGGGAAGGGGAAAAGGGCAGUUUGCAAUCAUUGUAAGCAUGAUUAUGCAUGUAACACAAUAGUAAAUGGGACUUCCACCUUGAGGACUCAUUUGCUUCAUUAUUGUCCUAAUUCUCCAAUUAAAGAGGACAAAAGCCAAAAAACCCUUUCAUUUGAGGGUAAAGGUAACCUAGUUGCACAUUCAUUUAGCAAGGAGAGGAGUAUUCUAGCAUGUGUGGAGAUGAUUAUAAUUGAUGAGCUCCCGUUUAGGUUUGUGGAAGGGAUAGGGUUUACACGAUUUAUGAAAGAGGUCCAACCUAGAUUUGAUCCACCGUCUCGUUCGACGGUUGCUAGGAAAGUUUGGAGUGUUUAUCGAGAUCGUAAGGCUACUUUCAAAAGUAUCCUUUCGGCUAACAACCAAAGAGUCUCUCUGACUACUGACACAUGGACUUCCAUUCAAAACGUCAAUUACAUGGCUCUAACGGCCCAUUUCAUUGAUGACGAUUGGAAGUUGCAUAAAAGAAUUCUAAACUUUUGUCAAAUUACCAACCACAAAGGUGAUGCCAUUGGGAGACUUAUUGAGAGGUGUUUAAGUGAUUGGGGUAUAGAAAGAGUGUUCACCAUCACGGUUGACAAUGCAUCGGCUAAUGACGGUGCUAUUAGGUAUGUUACAAGACAAUUGAGGCAUUGGAAAACUUUACAAUUUGAAGGGGAUUUUUUACACAUGAGGUGUUGUGCACAUAUCAUCAAUCUAAUUGUUUCCGAUGGGUUGAGUGAGAUGCAUAGCUCAAUUAAGAGUAUUCGUAAGGCUUGUAAGUAUACAAGAUCCUCUCCUUCUAGGUUGGAAAAGUUUCGACAAUGUUUAGUGUUGGAGAAGAUUGAUAGCAAAGGUCUUAUGCCUUUAGAGUGCAAAACUAGGUGGAAUUCAAUUUAUCUGAUGUUAGAGGCAGCUUUAAAAGUGCAAAGGGCAUUUGAGAGACUGGAGGAGGAGACCACUGAUUAUGUGCGUUAUUUUGAUAGUAAUGAUAAUGAUGAUGAGAAUCAGCUUGGUAAGAGAAGAAGGGUUGAUGAUGUAAGGAGGAAACUAAUGCCUCCUAGUGCUUCGGAUUGGUCUUAUGCUAGAGCUUUUGUCAAGUUCUUAAAAAAAUUCUAUGAUGCAACUUUAAAGCUUAGUUCCUACAAAACGGUGACAGCUAAUGUGCUUUCCGUGAAAUUUAUAUGA